CUGAAAGCCGGUGAAGUGUGUACCUGUCAGUUCUUUAUGGCGUGACUUAUAUCCAAAAAUACCGCAGCCCAUUUGUUCAGUGUGACGGAGCAAUAUUGAGGCGAACACCUUCAGACUGGAGAAUGCGUCAUUCCAGCAUGAACAAACUCGGCCGAGUCAUCUUGGGAGCCUCCCUGCUCGGUCUGGGGAUACCCUACGUCCUAGUCGUUGCCGUGAACUGCCUCAUGGGCUGGCCGAACAGCCGUCCGGAGGAGGGGAGCCGAUUCCAACGGGCACUGCACCCCACCAGGGUUCUGAACCUGAACUAUGUCUUCGUGCAGCAAGUUGGCAUGUUGCAGUUCCUCCCCCUGUACCUUCGAUUCUGGAAGUUUUACCGCGAAGCGGAAACCGUCACAAGGGACAUCCCAUAUGGAAGGAACAGCAAUACUCUAGAUAUAUGGUGGCCCUCCGCUAACCAAAGCCUUGCCAAAGAUGCCAGUAGUACAGACCCAUCUCAGCAACAUCGCAGACCAGUCUUCGUGUAUGUUUAUGGAGGUGCGUGGGGAUCAGGUGACAAAAACCUGUACGGAUUGCUGGCGCAGUCGCUGGCUGACAGAUUGGAAGCCAUUGUGUGUGUCCCCAACUACAGCAUAUACCCCAAGGGCAUUGUAACUGACAUGUUACACGAUCUGGCAGACACCAUUGCCUGGAUCAAGACAUCCGAGCUGAUCAGGUCGCUCGGCGGCAGUCCAGAGCAGAUCAUCCUGUGCGGACACUCUGCAGGAGGGCAUCUCGUUGCCAUGGUUACUUUGAAUUUGGCCCACAGGAGUGUGACUGAGGUACAGAAUUCUGAGACCAGCAAAUCCAGCUCUGAAGCGUUGAGCCUUCUGUCUUCUGUCCGAGGCGUUAUUGCCAUCAGUGGCGUGUUUGACAUCGCUGACCACUACCAGUUUGAAUCCUGGCGUGGAGUGGAAGACAUGUCCUACAUGUGGAGGGCCAUGGAUGGUCGGGCGAAUUUUGCCAAGUACUCGCCAACUUUGGUGCUCAAGGAGUUGGAUUCUCAACAGAUUGCAAAGCUGCCACCUUUUAUUCUCAUCCACGGCACAGAGGAUGGCACCGUUCCAGUGUCUGCCUCUGAGAAGUUUGCCUCGGCCUUGUCAGAGGACGGAGCCCCUGUUUCCUUGGUGAUCGUAUCGGGAGGCGGGCACGCACCCUUGGUGCUGGACAUGAUGGAAGAGGGCCGGCCGUUCUACACCGAGAUGACAACCGUGGUCAUGGAGCAUGUCAAAAGGGUCUUGCCCAGCAGCACACUUCCUAGACACCUGACUCCUCCGAAAGGCUCCACUGAGUAGUGACCAAUCGAUGGCACAUUCUUCUAUGCGUCAAGCCCCAUGUAAAGUGUGUAACAGCUGGACUCUGCUUUCCUCAAUCCUGCAAAAUCUUUCAAACGACAGGUUUGUCAUAAUUAUUCCUUUAAACGCACAAAUGAAGUUUAUAAUUUAUUAAAUUUAACUUUAAAGAGACUGGUUAAAAGAUAUGGUAAACUACCAGGAACUGAACUUUGCAACAUAACUUUCAGCAAAUGUAUGCAAACGUUUCACAGAUUUUUAUUUCAGAUUUUUUUUAUAAGCUUUAUAUUUUAGAAAUAACUGUACGAAAUAUUGCAAUAUACACAUGCAAUUUACGGUAAUAAAUUAUAUCAGUAUGACUUUUUCAUUCUCAUGUGGCUCGUCAAAUUGCCAUUGAUGAAAUUAAUAGAGGGUAUUCAUUGUUACUUUAUAUGGGAUAACACGUUUUUAAACACAAAAAUGUUUAAUCUUUAUCAUUAAAAGCUUCACAUCAAUUUUUGUACUUUUUUAUAUUUUGCUAAAUGUGUAAAAAUUAUCUUCAGUUUUAAAUUAAAGGUUAAGCUGUCAAACGGAGAAAAUUGUUUCGUAAAUGAAAACUAGCGUUAACAAGAAA